GAUAUAUACAUACAUCCUACUCAAACAUAAUAAAGAUAUAAGUAGUGGCGGCCAACACCCUGGACCCAAAACAAAACAGGAACCGUAAACUAAUAAGUGAAGCAAUUGGGCUACUCCCAAAGCUCAACCCAAACCCAUACCAAGGUUAGCGAAGCCCCAAUAAAACCUCAAAAGGCCAUUUAGUUUGUUUAUGGUUUUGGGCAUUAGAUCGGCCUCUAACUCUUAAGGUUUAUUUUCUUUCUUGGUCCGUUUCUAGAAACCAUCUGUGCUUGUAGUUCAUAGUUCUGUCGACGGUGAUAAUCCAGGAAGCGAAUAACGCGUACGCUUUAUCCCCAGGCGUCGUUUUGGAUUGAUAUCUAGAGCAUGGGAAAAUCUGCUGCAGAUGAAAAGAUUCUGAGUUACAAUGAUGUUGUGCUCAGGCAAUCUGACUUGGAAAUCCUCAGUGGUCCAUAUUAUUUGAAUGAUAGAAUCAUUGAGUUUUAUUUCAGUCUCCCAUCUUCAAGUCAUCCUUCACAGGACAUCCUAUUGCUUUCACCAUCAAUUGCUUUCUGGAUAGCUAACUGCCCUGAUGUUGGUGGUCUCAAAGAAUUUUUGGAACCCCUUAAACUGCCAGAUAAGAAAUUGGUGAUAUUUCCUGUCAAUAAUAACGAUGAUGUGAGCAUAGCUGAAGGUGGAAGCCACUGGAGCUUACUUGCAUACUACAGAAGUGCUAAUGUCUUUGUUCAUCAUGAUAGCAAUGGGCAGAUGAAUAAGAGGCAUGCCAUGAGGCUGUUUAAAUCUGUCGUUGGUUUUGUCGGUGAAUCCAGUUCAGCAUGGAAUGCCAAGUAUCUGGAAUGCAUUGGCACACCACAGCAAGUUAAUGGCUAUGAUUGUGGCUUAUAUGUUACAGUGACUGCAAGAACUAUAUGCUGCUGGCAUGAAAGCAGUGAAAACAAAGAUGCUACUGAUUUGUGGUUUUCUGCUGUAAAGGAGCAGGUUACUCCAUCAGUGGUCAGUGAGAUGAGAAAGGAGAUACUGGGGCUGAUUAAGGAUCUAAUGGCGAAGAAAUAAGAUAUCUAAUUCAUAAGCUAAAACCAAAAAAUGGUAUCACCAUGCAUGAAGAUGAAGUUCAUUCCACAGAUCUUAUUUGAAUUUCAGGUUCCCUUUCAAUA